AUGUACGGUUGGUUGCUGGAGAGUGUUCAACAUUUUAUAGUGGAAGAAUGUGGGGAAGAAAUAUGGGAGACAAUUCUUCGAGAAGCUGGAGCAAGAAAUACCGUGUUCAGUACGACUCAACAAUACCCAGAUACACUCAUGCCGAGAUUGGCAUGCGCUCUAGCCAGACUUUUAACUAAAGAUGCACAUAGUCCAACUUGCUCAAUACCUGGAAGCCCUGCACCUAGAAAACUUUCUGUAAAAUCCAAGCCAGCAUGGCGCAGUUCAUCUGUUCAUGGGGACACAAGGACACAGCAGUUUAAAUGUCCCUUUACAGCUACAAAUGCUCUCACAGCUGUUACAAAGAAAGAAAUAGAUGCAUAUAACUCAAAAGAAGAAAUUCGGUCUCCAUCUCACAGCACUCUUUCAACCGAUAAGAAUCAUAAAGCAGACGAAAUGUCCAUAGUACCAUAUCAGACGGCAGUGAGAGAUAGACGGAGUUUAGGCGUGCAUUUAGAACAUUCUAUUUAUAAAGCAGAAGAAGUGAAAGAAGAACCAGCUGAUGAAACUAUCCCAGAAGCUGAUGAUAUUGAAGAACAGAAAGACACAGAGACAGAGAAAAACAAGUGUCCAUCGCCUGUUGUGAGUAAUAAACGGAGAAGCUCAUUGAAACCCACAUUGAGGAAGAAUAGCUGCACCCUUUCGUUAGAUGUCUAUAAGCGUCGUAAUUCUGGUGUGUCAGUCCGACCGAGACUGAAUAGCUUAAGUCUGGUGAACGCAGAACGUUUAAACGAGCUUAAGGAAAAAUUUGGUACACCAGACAAAGUGAUGCACUUCUUUGGUAGAUGUUUCGUGAAAUUCUUCUCAAACUAUGGCUAUGAUACUAUGAUACGAGCAACUGGUAGAUAUUUCUGCACAUUCCUGCAGUCCGUUGACAGUAUUCAUCAGCGUAUGCGUUUCACGUUUCCGCGCAUGCGCUCGCCAAGCAUGCAGCUUACUAGAGCACACAGGCACGGCGCUGAACUUGUAUACAGCAGUGGCAGGACUGGUUACACGCAAUAUCUUAUGGGUCAAUUGUAUGAGAUAGCGGAGGAUAUUUUUUCGUUGAAACUGAAGGUGACCAUUGUAAAAGAAAGCAUUGAGGGAAAUUAUUACGUGGCCGUGCUGAGACUCGAAUUUGAUAACAGCGAUUACGUUCAAUCUCUAAUGGCUCGGAAAUCGCAGCCUUGUCUCUUACCGCCGGUACCAGCUUCACUUCUCCUGCAACUGUUUCCCUUCAGCGUGAUGCUUGAUAGAAAAAUGAAGAUCAUUAGAGCUGGUGAUAAGUUGAUGGAAGCAUGGGGUGGUCCUUACAAUCGGAUUGAAAAGUCUUCGAUAAGUGAGAUCCUCCGGUUGAGAAAACCUAAGGUUUCUUUCACUUGGGAUAAGGUAGUGUGCAUGCAAACAAUGAUGUUUGAACUGGAACUAAUGAGAUGGCGCGCGCGCUGUGUGAGUGACUCGCGACGCGGCUCUCAAGGAGCACGUGCCAUCCUGCUCAAAGGACCAAUUUACUUUCUCGAAGAAAUCGAUGCUCUCAUAUUCUUAUGUAGCCCUAUUUUCAAUGAUCUAGAAGAAUUGAAACAAGCGGGUCUAUACCUAGCUGAUAUGAAUGGUCACGGGCUAUCCAAAGAGAUGUUGCUACAAGGCUGGCAGCAUCUGUCGCGAUUGGAACUGCUUUUCGAGAAGGCUGAGUCCAGGAGUCUCUCGUUGGAGAAGUCUUGCAGACUUGUAGAGCAGUGGAAGAGGAGAGGAGAUCAGCUCUUAUAUUCUAUGAUACCUAAGAGUAUCGCUGACCAGUUACGAGCUGGGAAGUGUUCGAUGCCUCCUACGAAAUUCGACUCAGUAACGAUCAUGUUUUGUGGGUUGCAACUGAACGAGGCGAUCACACGCGCUGACGUGAUGCAGACUGUGGCAUACAUGAACGAUGUAUAUUCGCGGAUCGAUAGACUACUGGACACCCACCGAGUUUACAAGGUGGAGACCGUGGGCACGGUGUACAUGGUGGUGUCGGGCGCGCCGGAGAAGCGGCGCGCGCACGCGCAGGCGAUGGCUAGCGCUGCACUCGCUGUCUCGCAGGCGCUGCCCGCUCUCACCAUAGGAAUGCACUCCGGUCUGUGCUACGCAGCGGUUUUAGGUCUGCGGCAGCCGCGCUACUGCCUGGUCGGUGACACCGUCAACACGGCCAGCCGCAUGCAAACCACCGGCGAGCCUGGGCGAAUCCAAAUAUCUUCUCAAACUCAAGCAGAACUGCCGGCGGGGAAAUUCAGACUUCGACGAAGAGGUCUCACAAAAGUAAAGGGCAAAGGGAUGAUGGAAACUUUCUGGCUGGAGGGAGAAAUCGAAGAAGAAGAACAAGACGAAGCUUUGCAGCUGAUAUCCACACUUUGCGGCGACGAAUAAAAUUGUUGUAGUUAUACCUACUUAUUUUCAAAUAUAUUUUUGGUCACAUUUUAAAAAUUUCUAA